AUGGUGAACCCCGAUGUUUUGCCCCAACAAGUUGUGUCUCCGAAUGUCCAAGGUGUUGUUUUGAAGGUGGUAGAUGUUGGCAACCAAUUUAAAAACGAGCAAAAGUUUAAAUGUCAUGAUCAAAUGCUUCAACGGAUUCAUAUGAAGACAUCAAAACUUGGAUUUGGUGUGGUUAUCGGAAGCUCCGAAAAUGGUUCCGAUAGAAGACGUGCUUUUGUGACAAUGACGUGCGAAAGAAGUGGGGCCGAAAUUUUAAACAAGACGACACUGGUUCAAGAAAAUGUGAGUGUCCCUUUAAGUCGGGCAUCCAAUUGCGUGUCGACUCAUGCCGGAAGAGAAGGAGUGCGUUGUGACAUGACUUUGAAUUUGGUUCAACCGAAAAAUAUACUUGCAACUUUGAAACGUAAAAGACCCAGAAAUAUCUCAAAUACCAAGUACCGAACAUGUGAUGAUGGAGUUACCGUUAGAGAUAUAUUUUGGACUUAUCCUGAUUUCAAAAAGUUGUUCAACACGUUUCCUACUGUGUUCAUACUUGAUUCAAUGUACAGGACCAACAAAUAUCACAUAACAACGAAUGUGAUAAGUCAGGUUAAACCCGCGGUUGGGACGAAACAGAUAAAGACCGAAGAUGGAAAAAUGGUGAAGGCGGGUGUGGUUGUGGAAAAAUUAAUGGAUGCAUGGAAUCGUAUAGUAGAUUCUUUUACAAAAGAAUUACAUGCCGAUUUUGUUAUGCAUUUUAGAAAAGUUUGCGAAAAGUAUCCUGAUUUGUUGAAAUGUGUUGAAAGCACAAUUCUUGACCAGGUGAAGAAGAAGAUUGUUUGUGCUUGGACCGAUCAGUUGGUCGGCAACAUGUCUCGAGCGGGUUUGAACUAUAUUUUUUAUGGGGCUAAACAAGUUGAUAAUGUAGGCUCCGAUAGCGCAAAGUAUGAAUGCACAAUUGAAAAAACAUAUGGUCUCCCAUGUGCUUGUGUUAUUGCAAAAAAAGUGAAACUUGGUAGCCCCAUAAGAAUGGACGAGGCUUGCACUUAUUGGAAAAAGCUUAGGUUUGAUGAUGAUGGUGUCAUGAAAGACAGUAAAUCGAGUAUCUCUAUUUUGACCGAAUGA